CAACGGCAGGUGAAGCACACAAAAAGUUUUUUCCCCAAUUUCAAGAAUCACGAAUCUCUCAUGACGCCAACCGUUUUGGGAACUAGAUGCCCUCAUUUCUUCUGUUCUACAUGUCAUAAUCUCUAUGAUCUUCAUACUUGUUUCUUUCCUUUCGUCUGAUUUAGUUUCAAAUCCAAUCCUUCCUUUCGCUUCUCAAUAAUCUUAGCAAUGGAGACUGGCUGUUUGAGAAUUGCCCAUAAUACUUGUAACUCCAUAAGAUUGUUACAACACAAUAACAGUAAGAAGUUGAACAAGAAGAUGACAAUCAACAGAUCUCAAUUUUAUUCGAGGUCCUAUACUGCUGUUGCAGUCAAGAAUGAAUCAAUUGCUGCCUCUAAAGUGGAGCCUCCGCAACACCAUACCUCUCAAUCUCUCAGGAUAUUUAUCAGUACAGGUGAUGUUAUGGGAGAUAUACAUGGGGCAAAUCUAACUUCACAUUUUCUGAAGCAAGCAGAACUGGAUCACAAUAGAGUUGAAGUUUAUGCUCUUGGUGGUCACAGAAUGAAAGCAGUAGGAGCUGUUUUGAUUGGAGAUAAUAGUGGCUUGAGCUGCAUUGGAUUUAUAGAAACAUUACCAUUAGUCUUCCCCUCACUUCGUCUACAGGCCGCAGUUCGGAGCUUCCUUCAAAAACAUCCACCUGAUAUUGUGGUCCUAAUGGAUUAUCCAGGGGUAAAUAUACCAUUUGGGAAAUAUGUCAAGCAACAUUUUGGCUCUAAGCUAAUUUACUAUAUCCCUCCAAAUGAAUGGCACUGGAAUACAGCUCGAACUAACACCAUUGUAAGGAUGAGUGACCUUAUUCUAUCUAACCAUCCACGUGAGACGUUAUACUACAAACAGGCAGGAGCAAAUGUGAUAAAUGUUGGUCACCCACUAAUAGACAAAUACAAGCAUUUAUCUCGAGAGGAGGCCAGAUCAAACCUUGGAGUUCAAGUAGAUGAGCUUGUUAUUGCAUUGAUUCCAGCUUCACGAGAACAAGAAUUGAGGCAUGUUUGGCCACUGAUUGCUUCAGCUGCGAAGUAUAUCUCCAAUGUUUCUAAAACUGAUAGAAGGUUGAUGCAUUUCUUUGUUCCAGUGGUUCUACCUGAACACAAAAAAUCAUAUAUUGACACCCUUGAGAAACAUGGACUAUCUAAGGAUGUUCAACUAUGCUUUGGGGAAUCGUCUGCAAUCAUGGCAGCAGCAGAUAUUGCUAUUACUAAAUCUGGCAGUGUAAAUGUGGAAUUGGCACUGUAUAAUGUACCUCAAGUUGUUCUGUACAGGAUUGGUGGAAUAACAAACUGGAUUGGUAGAACAUUUUUUCAAUUUCCUCCAGAGUUAAUCUCUCUUGUAAAUGUCAUUCUUGGAUACAAGUUGGUGCCUGAGUUUAUCCAAGAUGAAGCUAAGCCUGAGAAGAUUGCAGAGGCAGCAAUGAAACUGCUGCCACUAACAGGAACUGACAAUUUGGAACGUAAGAGGGUGCUAGAUGGCUAUGAGGAAUUGCGCCAGUUGCUGGGAAAGCCAGGGGUAUCAACUAGAGCUGUAAAUUAUAUUCUUCAAGCAUUCCAUAAUUCAAAAGAAGUUCAUUAAACCUUGGGAAGGAGCAAUUAGUUCAGAAAAUGUUAUAUACAACAUCAAAUUAGAUGUAGAAUCUCAAAACUAUACCAUUAUUUUUAUAUGUAUUGUAUGGGAGGACGUUUGGAGGUGCUGAAGCAGGUAUGCUAUGCUCUAGAGUUUAACUGCUUAAAUGGCUGCUGGGUAUAACGUUUUCCUUGUGAUUGACAAUAUGCCAAGCAUCAAUAAGAUUUUAUAUAUUUGAUUGACAAUGAUUGUAGGUCCUCAAUGACAGAAUUUUGUUGACGUGGGAAACUGGUAAAAAAAGGAUGGAUUUGAUUCAACAUCAAAUCAAAUAUUGGUAUUGAGAAUGUACAGAACGUUACCUGCAAUGUUUAUAUCUGUACUCUUGUGCUUUCCUA